CCCCGCCCCGCCGCGGCCGCAGCAGCCGGGAGAAGCCCCUAGGAGCCACCGCCGCCGGCCGCACUCGGAUCGCAGCGGGCGCAGCCAUGGCUUCAGGGCUGGCGGAGGCGGAGACCCGGCAGAGGUUGCUGCGCACCGUCAAGAAGGAGGUGAAGCAGAUUAUGGAGGAAGCCGUCACGCGCAAGUUUGUCCAUGAAGACAGCAGCCACAUCAUCUCUUUCUGUGCGGCUGUGGAGGCCUGCGUCCUGCAUGGCCUGCGGAGGCGAGCGGCUGGCUUCCUGCGCAGCAACAAGAUCGCAGCUCUCUUCAUGAAAGUGGGCAAGAGCUUCCCGCCAGCAGAGGAGCUGAGCCGCAAGGUGCAGGACCUGGAGCAGCUGAUCGAGAGCGCGCGAAACCAGAUACAGGGCCUCCAGGAGAAUGUGCGAAAGCUGCCAAAACUGCCCAACCUGUCCCCACUCGCCAUCAAGCACCUGUGGAUCCGUACAGCCUUGUUUGAGAAGGUCCUGGACAAAAUUGUUCAUUACCUUGUGGAAAACAGCAGUAAGUAUUACGAGAAGGAAGCCCUCCUGAUGGACCCCGUGGAUGGCCCCAUCCUUGCAUCUUUGUUGGUAGGGCCCUGCGCCCUGGAGUACACCAAGAUGAAGACUUCCGAUCACUUCUGGACGGACCCCUCAGCUGACGAGCUUGUCCAGAGGCACCGCAUCCACAGCUUGCACCUGCGACAGGACUCGCCCACCAAGCGUCCGGCCCUCUGCAUCCAGAAAAGGCAUUCGAGCAGCAGCAUGGAUGACCGGCCGUCCCUCUCCGCCCGUGACUACGUAGAGUCCCUGCACCAGAACUCCCGGGCCACCCUGCUCUAUGGCAAGAACAACGUUCUGGUUCAGCCGAGGGAUGACAUGGAGGCUGUGCCGGGGUAUCUGUCCCUGCACCAGACAGCUGACGUCAUGACCUUGAAGUGGACGCCCAACCAGCUGAUGAACGGGUCUGUGGGGGACCUGGACUACGAGAAGAGCGUCUACUGGGACUAUGCCAUGACCAUCCGCCUGGAGGAGAUUGUCUACCUGCAUUGCCACCAGCAAGUGGACAGCGGUGGGACAGUGGUGUUGGUCAGCCAGGACGGGAUCCAGAGGCCGCCCUUCCGCUUCCCCAAGGGAGGUCACCUCCUGCAGUUCCUCUCGUGCCUGGAGAAUGGGCUCCUCCCUCACGGGCAGCUGGACCCGCCACUCUGGUCUCAGCGGGGGAAGGGCAAAGUAUUUCCCAAACUGCGCAAGCGAAGCCCUCAGGGUUCGUCCGAGUCCACGUCUUCAGACAAGGAAGAUGAGGAGGCCACGGAUUACGUGUUCAGGAUCAUCUACCCUGGCAUGCAGUCCGAAUUCGUCCCCCAGGACCUGAUGGAUGUCUCCGUGAGCCACCUGCCAUCCCUAUGGCAACCCAGCCCACGGAAAUCUUCCUGUUCACAGAGUGGCUCGGCUGAUGGUGGCUCAACCAAUGGCUGCAACCAUGAGAGGGCUCCCUUGAAGCUUCUCUGUGACAAUAUGAAGUACCAGAUUCUUUCCAGAGCUUUCUAUGGAUGGCUUGCCUACUGCAGACACCUGUCCACUGUGAGGACCCACCUGUCAGCCCUGGUCAAUCACAUGAUCGUGUCUCCGGACUUGCCCUGCGAUGCUGGACACGGGCUGACGGCCGAGAUCUGGGAGCAAUACCUGCAGGACAGCACAAGUUACCAGGAGCGGGAGCUGCUGCGUCUCAUCUACUACGGGGGCAUCCAGCCAGAGAUCCGCAAAGCCGUGUGGCCCUUCCUCCUGGGCCACUACCAGUUUGGGAUGACAGAAACAGAAAGGAAGGAGGUGGACGAGCAGAUGCAUGCCUGCUAUGCGCAGACCAUGUCCGAGUGGCUGGGCUGUGAAGCGAUUGUGCGGCAGAGGGAGCGGGAAUCCCACGCGGCCGCCCUGGCCAAGUGCUCUUCGGGGGCCAGCCUGGACAGCCACCUGCACCGGAUGAUGCACCGGGACUCCACCAUCAGCAAUGAGUCCUCCCAGAGCUGCAGUUCGGGCCGCCAGAACAUCCGCCUGCAGAGCGACUCCAGCAGCAGCACACAGGUCUUCGAGUCUGUGGACGAGGUGGAGCAGGUGGAGGCGGAAUGCAGGUUGGAGGAGAAGCAGCCCAAGAUCCCCAAUGGGAACCUGGUGAAUGGCACCUGUUCCCCAGACUCCGGCCACCCUUCCUCCCACAACUUCUCCUCGGGCCUCUCGGAGCACUCAGAACCCAGCCUGAGCACGGAGGACAGCGUCAUGGACGCCCAGCGCCCUGCCCCACUGGUGAUUCGACCCAGGGACAGCGGUGUGGAUGACGGGCAGAGCAGCGAGGCCACCACUUCCCGGGAUGAGGUCCCCCGUGAGGAGCUGGCUGUGCAGGACAGCCUGGAGAGCGACCUCCUGGCCAACGGGAGCAUGGACGAGUUCGUGUCCAUCACUGGCAGUAUGGAUGUAGCUCUGCCCGAAAGGGAGGGCCCUGCGAUGGAGGGCUGGAGGGGCAUCGAGGUGGGGAAGCAGAGCCAGGUGGGCAGUGAGGACGACCUCUCAGAGGAGCCCGAGAUGGAAAGUCUCUUCCCUGUGCUCGCUUCUCUGGCCGUGACCACUUCUGCCAACAACGAGGCAUCCCCUGUGUCUUCUAGUGGCGUCACCUACUCUCCAGAGCUGCUGGAUCUGUACACGGUGAACCUGCACCGCAUCGAGAAGGACGUGCAGAGGUGUGACCGCAACUACUGGUACUUCACACCCGCCAACCUGGAGAAGCUACGGAACAUCAUGUGCAGCUACAUCUGGCAGCACAUUGAUAUCGGCUAUGUCCAGGGUAUGUGUGACCUCCUGGCUCCACUGUUGGUCAUUCUGGAUGACGAGGCGCUUGCCUUCAGCUGCUUCACCGAGCUCAUGAAGAGGAUGAACCAGAACUUCCCCCACGGAGGCGCCAUGGACACGCACUUUGCCAACAUGAGGUCGCUAAUCCAGAUCCUGGACUCAGAGCUCUUCGAGUUGAUGCAUCAGAAUGGGGACUACACUCACUUCUACUUCUGCUACCGCUGGUUCCUGCUGGAUUUCAAGCGAGAACUCAUCUAUGAUGACGUCUUCUCUGUUUGGGAGACCAUCUGGGCAGCCAAACACGUGUCGUCCGCCCACUAUGUCCUGUUCAUCGCGCUGGCACUGGUGGAGGUCUACCGUGACAUCAUCUUGGAGAACAACAUGGAUUUCACAGACAUCAUCAAAUUUUUUAAUGAAAUGGCCGAGCGACACAACACCAAGCAGGUCCUGAAGCUGGCCCGGGACCUCGUGUACAAGGUGCAGACCCUGAUUGAGAACAAGUGAGGACCAUGUCACCCAGGCAGCGUCACCCAAGCCUCUGCCCACCUGCCUGUCCCGCCUGCUUCUCCUCCUGGCCGCCCAGGGAGCAAGGUCCUGGCAUCUGUUCCCGAGCAUGGACCUCUGUGCAAAGAGAAAGUACCCCAACUUUGGCCACCAGGCAGGUGGGAUCGAGGGAUUGCCCCUUCAGUUCAGCCUUACGUUUUUCUGUUUGACCAAAGAUUGCCCAAGUCUGGGAUUUCUCCCUUGUGGGAGUUGGGAGUUGUUGGUGUGCGGAGGGAACAUCUUCGUUCAUGGUCCCCAGAAUGGUCUCCUCCCUCUUCUCUCCCAUCCCUCCAACUGUCUUGUCAGAUGAGACUUGGGGAGGGAACUUUUUGGAAACUGGUAUAGGAGAGGUCUGUGGGGCUACCUCUGUACUUUGAAAGGGGCCUUUGGAGAUGUUCCAGAACGUGGCUGGAAGGUUGGCCUGGAGCAGAGCACUGUUGACAUUUAAUGCUUUUUGGAGGGAUGCUGCCCUGUGCACUGUUGGAAUUUGAGCAGCAUCCCUGGCCUCUACCUACUACGUGCCAGUAGCACCCUCCUCCCCAGCCCCUUGUGACAUCCCGGAGCACCUCCAGACAUUGCCAAAUAGCCCCAUUUGAGAACCACUGGCUUGGAGGAGGGGCUACAAGUGUAUCUCCCUCUCCACUUUCUUUGUACCUGAGCCGCCUACAUCCUGAGAUUUUCUUCCAUUUAGAAAAGGCACAUGGGGUCCUUUGCACAUCUCUCUUGGGGUCCGGGAUUUCAACCAUUGUAUAUUUCUCAUUUUUUCUCCUCCACCUGGCCCAGGAGAGACUUUUUUCUUCUUUUAAAGAAAGACGUCUGCCUGUGAGAAGUGUCUGUAAGCAUGAGAUAGGCCUCUUCCGGGUCCUGCUCAGGGGCCCCCGGGCAGGGCAGAGUCCACAUCCCCUUCCUCUCUUCCUAGGAAGGACCUCGCCUCUCCUUCCAUACAUCGGGUCUGAUGUUCCAGAAGCUUGGAAGAUGUGUGUUGGUGCAAGCCACUUGUUUAGGGAGGCUGGCUUUUCUCUAAGUGCCCUUGCUCACUCAGGACAAAGGAGGGAAAGGAGGACAGAGGUUGGCCCAGGUAGGGUAUGGCGGGUGUUUUCCUUGGGAAAGAAACAUCAGCUGAUGAACUGGUGCCAGGGUCACAGACCAGACUGGAAAUGGUCCCCUCCAUGUCUUCACACAGAGGGUCACCAAUCCCCAAACAGACCCUAAGCAAGCUAGUUUACCUGCCUACCUGUCCUCCCAAGAGAGUGGUCCUGCCAGCCCUUCUCUUCCGAGAGUGUACGAGAGUCGAGAGUCGGGAGAAACAGUGAGAGUUGGGGAGGGAUGCUCGUCCCAAGAAUGGCAGGUAGGAUUUUCGAGAGGGUAGGAGACUCGUCAAGCACUUUGAAGCAUUCGCUCUCGAGAGAGUGCAUUAGUCCUUCCGUCCUGAGCAAACCAGGAAGGGGAGCAGUCCCUGCCUGGCGUGCUUGUGAAGGCACUUCCCUCGGACCCAGCACUUUAGGUUGCACUGAACUUCCGCCUGAGUAUGGUCUCCUGGGCAGGAUGGAUGAGACUAGAUGGCCCUCGCUUCCAAAGAACGCUCCGUGAGAAAUGCAUCUCCUCGCCCUAGUCCCCCACCUUCCCAAGAUGGGAGAAAGUGUAUGAAAGUCCCCUCCAGAUAAAAGUUUAUAUUGCCAUUCAACUGUUCACUACAGAGGAUGUUAUUUUAGCAAGACCCAGGUCCUAGACCUUCCGAUUCUUAUUUUAUUUUUUGACAGAACUAGUCUGAAAGUACAGCACAAAAUCUCUUCUCUGCCUUCUCUCGUGGUGUUCCAGAGAGCGUCGUGGUUGUGAUUUGGAAUAACUCCUAUUUAUUCGGCUUACUGUGUUUAUUUGGAUCUUUGUACGUUGUGUGUGUCCUUGUGUCCCUGAAUCGUAUGCGUGCGAGUUGUUUUAUCUAUGGAGUGCCCUCCUUUUCUCAGUGUUGCCAACAUAUCUUGUUACAGUUUACUACAGAGUUGUGUCUAUAUAGAGAGAAAAUAUAUAAACAGAAACAUGUGAACCUGGGUUAUUUUUUGUUUCUUUGUUUGGGGAUUUUCUUUUUAAUUUGAAAAAAAGAAAUGCUUGCUUCUGAAGACUGUGUCCUCAUACCCCACCCUCCACCCCACCUCAGUGACCCAGACACAGAGAGGGACGUAUUCUUAUGAUAGCUCCCUGGUCUUUCCCCUGAAAGUUCAAGGCUGGUGAAUCUCAUCUCAUCCUUUGUAUCAGUUAGCUGUUACCACAAGUAAUGCUGUGUAACAAACCACCCCAAAUCUUAGUGGCUUCAAACAGCCAUUUAUUUAGCUUGUGAUGAUUCUGUAGGUCAACAAUAUGAGCUGGGUUCAGCUGGGUGGUUCUUCUGGUCUCAGCUCGACUUCUUUGUGUGUCUCUGAUCAGCUGAUGGCCAGCCAGGCAACUCUGCUUUUGACAAUUGGCCAGCUGUUGGCUAGGAUAGUGGGAGAAACUGGGCCAUGUAUCUCUCAUCCUCCAUUAGGCUAGCUCAGGCUUGUUUACAUGGCCAUGAUGGCAGUUUCUAAGAGAGCAAACAGAAGUGUGCAAUGCCUCUUGAGACCUAGGAUUGGAAUUGGCAUAAAGUUAUUUCUACUAUAUUCUUUUGGUCAAAGAAGUCAUAUGGCUGAGCUCAGAUUGAAAGGAUGGAGAAAUAGAUUCCGCCAGUUGAUGGGAGGUUUUGAAAAGUGACAAUGAAAAGGGCUGUAAAUACAGGCACGGAAAUAAUUGAGUAUUUUUGCAAACAGUCUACCAUGUAUCCCAAGGUCCAUGCACAGGAGGGGUCCCAAGAUGGUCAGCCAUUGGACUCAAGAGUGUACCUCUAAGUUGAUGCCUCACUGUAUCCCCACUGCUGAGCUAGCUCCUCUCUCACCCCCAGUGUUCCCAUAGACCAUCAACUUAUCUCCUCAAUAUCUAUGAUUCCCACUCACGGCUGCCAUUCUGAGCCACAGUCUUUGGGCAGUUGAGACCUCACAUGGAUCUCCACCCCCAUGCACCAAGGGAAACUUCUGAUUUUCCGCUGCAGAAGCAAAGCUUGAUUUAAUCUAAUGAGCACCCAUCAAAACUUCAGGUUUUCUAUAGAAAAAGUUAGUUUCCAAAUAAGCCAGCAAAGUAAAGGAGUUUCAGGUGGCAUUGGUGGCCUGGCUGAGCCCAAGUCACCACUUUCUUGGAAGAUUGUCAGCAGAGAUAAGUCUGAAGCCACACAGCAGCGGGAAGGUGGGGACUUGUCUUUUGCUGGCCCACAUGGGGCUCUCUUAGUGGGAAGGUCUGCUUCUUCCUGGGAGAAGCUUCUGAGAGCAAAGACUGGUCCUGAUGUUCUGACCAUCCUUUGAAGCCACUGGUCUCAUUUCCCCAGCUCCAGCCAUAGCUUGGUACACAUGGCCCUCCUCCUGGAGGACCCCACUAUUCUUGCAGCUGCCUGGCACCACCAGACCUGGGUACCACCAGCAUACCUGUUAUGUGUGUACCAAUGUGCAGUUACAUGCACUAUUGACUUACAGUAAAGGAUGAUGUAUUUUGUGGGAAAAAAAUCCUAAGAGAAUGUUUUGCUUUUGUAAAGUUUUUCCUAAACACAUGCAUUUGCACCUUGCAUAGAUGUGAGAAGACGAGUCUUGGGCCACUAGGCACGUUUUCGUGACUCGAAGCAGGAAUGGAGAAGGGGUCUUUGCUGCCAUGCGUAUGGCACACACAGUUGUCACUGUGGACCCCUCCUCCCCCCUUUUUCUUCUUCUUCCUCCACCACCUCCGCCAUCUUUUCCUCCAUUUCUUUAUCUUCUCCUUCCCCCAUCCCUCCGAUUCCUCUCCUCUGCCUUCUGCCUCCUUUCCUUGUAGCCAUGGGCAUGUGGACACUGUCCGUCACCAUGUCUUCUGACUGAAUGUUGCUGUUCUCAUUCAGAACAACACUGCUGGGUUUAGACCCUCUGGCUGCUCUAUCAUCUCUCUUCUAAAUCACAUUCCACUUUCUUUUCACCUUGAGCUUUCCAUUUGGCUUGUGGGAGAGGCCAUGGGGCAACUGAGAAGCACUCAUGCAAAGAGUUUGGGAGGCCCCGACCAUCCCGUUUCAGAACGGCUGCAACCAUUUAUGCCAUCCUGUUUCAUCUUCCUUCUUAUCCCUCCCUCCUUCUCUCCCAGGCCUGAGGUCCCAGCAGCCCAUCGGAGAAAGGAGGUGAGGGUACAGUCAAGGGCAGUGGGAGGAAGUAGUUUAGAUUUCUUUCCUUUUCAACAGAUACUCAAGUUUGAGAGACAUUAGAUCCAUCAAUCAAUGAGUCUUCUCCCCAGGUUUUAUGACAGCAUCAAACUCAAGUCACCUGCAGUCCACCUUUAUGAUUUGGACCAUAUCUGUGUACCAUCUGUACUAUUAUAUCUUUACUAGUCUUCUUUUUUCUUUUUACUUUUCGGCCACACCGUGUUGCAUGUGGGGUCUUAGUUCCCCGA